AUGAAUAAAUUGAUUUAUCUGCCAAUUGAAUUAUUAAACUUGAGACAUAAUUAUAAAUAUGAUAUUUAUCUUCCGGAAUUGGAUAUAUCAACACAACAACAACAACAACCAUUUUUCCCUCCUCCUCCUAUUACUUUUCCAGCAAAACUGUCAAUAAGACUUUACACAAACACAGCAAAUAACAACAAUUUGUAUCCUAUAUCUGCCUUUGUGUUGAUUCAACAACCACUAUAUUGUCAAUCACAGUUUAAUUCAACUUUACCCAACUAUUAUAAUUCAUCUCAUCCACCUAUACAAGAUUUAGUUCAACCAAUCUUCAUUUCGUCUCCACCUAUAAGUCCAAUAUCACUAUCAUCGCCAAUAACACCAAUUGCCAUACCAGUAAUUAGAAUUGAUUCCAAUAGGCUGGUCCCAUUUGGUGGUGUCCCCCUAUCUGAUUUAUACACCAAGAAAUUUCAACAACAAGAGUUUCAACAAAGAACACAUCAAAAGCAUAAUUGUCCUAUUCAAGGAAAACAAACAAAACAUUCUAUGCUGGCAACAUUCCCAUUGUAUAACACUCCAAUUAGUCCAGAAAGUAAAGGAAACGUUUUGAAACCUGGGAAGGACAAAGAUCAGAAUGUAAAUCCUGGAAAUGACAAGAGUGAGAGCCCAUUAUUACAUUUAUCAAAUUCAAAGACAGCAUCUUCAUCCUCAUCCCAGUCUACAUCUUCUAGUGAUGUUAUAAUACAAAUAUAA